AUGGCUGUCGACCAGCAGAGGAUCCCGCCAAACCAGUCAAUCUAUAUCCAAAACCUCCCCGAGAAGAUUCAGAAGGACGACCUUCGGCGCGAGCUAUACAUGCUCUUCUCGACCUAUGGGCCGGUGAUAGAUGUGACGGCACUGAAGAACCAGAAGAUGAGAGGCCAGGCACAUGUUCUGUUCAAAGACGUAUCAUGCGCGACGCAAGCUAUACGAGGUUGUCAAGGGUUUGGUUUCUACGGGAGGGAGAUGAAACUCAGCUACUCCAAGAACCGCUCGAACACGAUUGCGAAGCUCACCGGCAACUUCAAUCAGCCAGCUCCAGGUGAACAGCAGAAGCAGAUCGCGCAGCCUCCCAGCAGCUUCCCAGCACCACCAGGAUCAGCCCCUACCAAUGCCGCUCCACCCAGCACACUGCCACCACCACCGAGCGGGCUGCCACCUCCGCCGGGACUGCCCGCGAAACCUACAGCUGGAAACGCCAUUCCACCUCAAGUAGCCCAAGCGGCAGCGCAAGGUGCCCCAAGCCCACAAGGCGUCAAGAGGGACAGAGAAGAGAGCGAUGAAGAGGGCAGUGACGACGACGAGGGCGCAAUGGAGAUGAGUGAGAGCGAUAGCGAGUGA